AUGGCCGCUGCUGAUUGCGCUGCCACCGCCACUGAUACCGCCACUGAUACAGCUGCUCCAGCUGCACCAGCUACAGCCGUCACAGUUACAGCCGCCAUAGAUACAGCCGCCACAUGUGCUUCUGCUGCCCCUUCUGCCGGCAAUUGCGACAGGAGCGCCGCGAUAGAAGCGGGAAGAGGGAACGCGCGGAGAGAUGACGCGGGUAGCGCUCGCGAGGGUGCGUUGUGCGCGCCGCUACAGGUGCGCGCGGCUACACUACAGGUGCGCGCUGCUACAGGUGGCGCGCUGCUACAGGUGCGCGCUGCUACAGUGACCAACGCCACCCUCCCCACCACCAUCCCUCCUUCCUUCCCCAGCAGCCAUCCACCAAAGCCCACACCCCCUUCGUCCCCCAUGCCCCACAACCCAGACCACUCUCCUACCAAACCCCAGGUCCAGCUCUUCUCCUCUUUCUCUCCUUUCUUCUUCGCCGUUCUCUCUCCCUCUCUACUCCUCGAUUCCACCCUCCACCACCCCUCCGUCUCUCCCAGGAAUACGGGGUGGCUGCCCAUGCCCACGCUGCCCAUCACAGAGAAGCUGGCCUUCCCGGCUCGCCUGGCCAUGCCUGCCUGCCUGCCCACGCUGACCAUCACAGAGAAGCUGCCCUUCCUGGUAAAUCUUCAGUCGACUCUAAAUCCACCCCUUCCCCCUUUCUUCUUUGCCGCUCUCUCCCUCCACCACUCCUCCAUCCUUUUCUCCCUCUCCCCCAGGGACACGGGGUGGCUGCCCCCGUUAACCACAGCAGAGAAGGUGGCGUUCCCUCUGGUGGCGGUGACGCUGCUGCUGCUCUCACUCACCCUCUCCUGCAUCAUGGCCUCGGCUCUAGGGCUCGACAUCUCCGCACUCCAGGCGGCAGUGGAGGGGGUGGAUGCGGGGGUGAGGCGGCAGGCGCAGCGGGUGCUGUCUCUGCGGCGCCACGGCACGCUGCUGCUCACCACUCUGCUGCUCGCCUCCACCACACUCAACGUCGCCUUCACCAUCUUCUCCACUGGUGCGUGCUUUUUCUCCUCUUCCUCUGCUCUUCAUCUGCUCUUCCUCUGCUCUUCCUCUGCUCUUCCUCUGCUCUUCCUCUGCUCUUCCUCUGCUCUUCCUCUGCUCUUCAUCUGCUCUUCCUCUGCUCUUCCUCUGCUCUUCAUCUGCUCUUCAUCUGCUCUUCCUCUGCUCUUCCUCUGCUCUUCAUCUGCUCUUCCUCUGCUCUUCCUCUGCUCUUCCUCUCCUCUUCCUCUGAUCUUCCUCUGCUCUUCAUCUGCUCUUCAUCUGCUCUUCCUCUGCUCUUCCUCUGCUCUUCCUCUGCUCUUCAUCUGCUCUUCCUCUGCUCUUCCUCUCCUCUUCCUCUGCUCUUCCUCUGCUCUUCAUCUGCUCUUCAUCUGCUCUUCCUCUGCUCUUCCUCUGCUCUUCCUCUGCUCUUCAUCUGCUCUUCCUCUGCUCUUCCUCUGCUCUUCAUCUGCUCUUCCUCUGCUCUUCCUCUGCUCUUCAUCUGCUCUUCAUCUGCUCUUCCUCUGCUCUUCCUCUGCUCUUCCUCUGCUCUUCAUCUGCUCUUCCUCUGCUCUUCCUCUGCUCUUUCUCUGCUCUUCAUCUGCUCUUCCUCUGCUCUUCCUCUGCUCUUCCUCUGCUCUUCAUCUGCUCUUCCUCUGCUCUUCCUCUGCUCUUCAUCUGUUCUUCAUCUGUUCUUCCUCUGCUCUUCCUCUGCUCUUCCUCUGCUCUUCCUCUGCUCUUCCUCUGCUCUUCCUCUGCUCUUCAUCUGCUCUCCAUCUGCAUUUUUUCUGCUUCCCCUCUCUCCGCCUCUCCCUCCCUUCUCCCCCACCCCACCACAGCCAUUCUAGGAAUGCUGUUCGGAUUCCUCUUCUCCUUCCUCGCGCUCCUACUCCUCGUGGAGCUCUUGCCCCCCUCUCUCUGCGCCCCACGCCCCCUCCACGGGAGGCUGCAGCGCAGGGGGGGGGGAGAGGGAGGAGGGGAAGGGCGGGGAAGUUGCGGAGGAAGGGAGGGGAGAUGGGGGAGGAGGAUGGGGAGGAUGAGAGGGUGAUGGAAGGGCUUCUGUGCAGUGGUCCUAUGUGCACCAACCGAUUCUGCAUGAAGCACACAGGGGAAGAUAUCCGCAACGACGGAGACGGGGGGUUCCUGGCCCACCACCCCCGCUUCUCCUCACGCACUGCUGCUGUGGGGGCAGCAGCAGCAGCAGCAAAGCAGUGGGGCAAAAGGGGGAGUGAUGGGAGGGGAGUUAGGAGGGGAGAAGGGAGCGGAGAGAGGGGACAGGCGCUACCGCCUAUUGGGAGGUGA